AGGUGGCUGAUUGUGGUGGGGUUUAAUAUAGAGCAUGUGUGUCUUCUAUUCUCAGUCAAUGGUAUGAUUUGUAACAGAAAAUGUUUAACAGUAAAGAAUAAGAUGGAUAAAAAUUAAAAACAAAGUGGGAGAAAAGGGUAUACUGAAGCCUUCCCUACCAUUGUGGUCAUGUUGAAUAAUCACUUCCCAACACCUUAUUAUCACCAACUCACGCUAGAGGAAUCAUGAAAGCUGACAAAUAGAAUAGAACCUGCAUAACCUUUUUGAAACUUUCCUCUAAAAAAUUAAAUCCUCCAAAGAGAGUCUCACUCUUUUAAAAGGGGUUCCCUUCCAUUCUACCUCAAUCCUCCGCUUCUAUUCACUCCCCUGAAGAUGGCCAACUCAAUCACCUUGUUUAUGCUGUGGUUGAGUGUAAUAUCUACUGUCCACCAUGUGAAGCUUAUAGCACAUGGAAGUACUGGGGGAGAAUCAACCAGGUUCUAUGAUUUCAAGGUUCAAACUAAAAGAGUUACCAAACUUUGCAACUCCAAAGACAUUGUUACGAUCAAUGGUAUGUUUCCAGGACCUGUUGUUUAUGCCCAAGAGGAUGAUAGAAUCAUAGUAAAAGUGACCAAUAAGACACCUUUCAAUGUUACAAUUCACUGGCAUGGAGUCCGGCAAAGGCUAUCAUGCUGGUAUGAUGGAGCAUCCACGAUUACACAAUGUCCAAUUCAAUCAGGCCAAAGUUUCACCUAUAAUUUUUCAGUGGUGCAGCAGAAGGGCACCUUCUUUUGGCAUGCUCAUGUUUCUUGGUUACGAGGAACGGUUUAUGGUGCCAUGAUUGUUUAUCCAAAGACCGGGGUACCUUACCCAUUUAAGUUCCCUUAUCAAGAGCACAUAAUCAUACUAGGGGAGUAUUGGAUGAAGGAUCUCCAAAAAAUUGAGUAUGACACUCUAGCAAGUGGAGGACCUCCUCCUAUAGCAGAUGCAUAUACCAUCAACGGUCAUCCAGGACCCAACUACAACUGCUCCACUAAUGAUUUCCACCAAGUUGAUGUGAUUCCCGGGAAAACCUAUUUGUUAAGACUGAUUAAUGCGGGUUUGAACACUGAGAACUUCUUUGCCAUUGCUGAUCACAAAUUAACAAUAGUGGAAGCUGAUGCUGAAUACACAAAACCAUUCACCACAGACACAGUGAUGAUUGGACCAGGUCAAACACUGAAUGUCCUUGUCUCUGCUGAUAAGCCAGUAGGAAAAUACUCCAUGGCUGCAGCACCUUACAAGUCUGGAAGGUUUGUCCUAUAUCAAAACGUUUCGGCUAUAGCCUUCUUUAACUAUAUAGGGGCUCCAUCUAAUAGCUUAUAUACACCAGCUAAAUUGCCUAAACUUGAUGAUAAACUCGUUGUUAAGACAGUCAUGGAUGGGUUAAGGAGCCUAAAUCAAGUCAAUGUUUUUAGAGAAAUUGAUGAAAAUCUAUUCAUUACCAUUGGAUUGAAUGUUCAAAAGUGUCACUCAAAGACACCAAAGCAAAAUUGCCAAGCCCAAGAUGGGGUGUUGGCAGCUUCAAUGAACAAUAUAAGUUUUGUUAAUCCCAAUAUUUCAAUCCUGGAAGCAUAUUAUAAGAAGAUAAAAGGAAUAUAUACUGAAGAUUUCCCAGACAUGCCCCCGAAGUUCUAUGACUUUGUUAAUGGUGCCCCUAACAAUAUUACGUACGACACGCAGUCAUUGAAUGGUACUAAAACAAAGGUCCUUAAAUAUGGUAGCAAGGUGCAACUAAUUCUGCAGGACACAGGGAUAGUCAACCCUGAAAACCACCCAAUGCACUUCCACGGCCACAGCUUUUAUGUGGUAGGGUAUGGCACAGGCAACUAUAACCCACUAAUUGCACAAUUCAAUUUAGUGGAUCCUCCAUACAUGAACACAAUUGGAGUUCCAGUGGGUGGAUGGGCAGCAAUUCGCUUUGUUGCCGAUAAUCCAGGGGUGUGGUAUAUGCACUGUCACAUUGAUAUACACAAGUCAUGGGGACUAGGAGUGGUAUUUAUAGUGCACAAUGGAAAAGGAGAGCUGGAAUCCUUACCACAUCCUCCACCAGACCUGCCACAAUGUUAAGACUACCAGCAGAUCAUAACAAAUAGAACUAGCAGAUGAUUUUGAGCCAUUUUACCCGUUCAAGCAUUCGUUAGUUUCAUGUUUGUAACUGUAAAAUGUGGCAUUGGCAUUUCUUUUAAAAGCCAAAAAUUGUGGAUGUAAAGAAGCAAAAUGACUAGCAUGUUUGGUAAAGGUUAAAGUUGGAGAAAUAAUUGCUUAUUUUUUAAAUCUUUGUUAGAAGGCUGGCAAAAAUAAGCAAUUAUUUCUCUAAAAUAAGUUGAACCAAAUAUGCACCUUAAAUGCAAAUU